AUGUUCUUUGCCUUGUUCCUGGACGUGUACCUGAUCACGGUGCUGGGGAACCUGCUCAUCAUCCUGUUCAUCAGGCUGGACCCUCACCUCCACACCCCCAUGUACUUCUUCCUCAGCCACUUGGCCUUCUCUGACACUUGCCUUUCAUCUGUCACAGUUCCAAAGAUGCUCAUGAACAUACAAACUCAGCAACGGUCCAUCGCCUAUGUGGGGUGCAUUUCUCAGAUGUAUUUUUUUAUAGUUUUUGGUUGUCUUGACAAUUUCCUUCUUGGAGUGAUGGCAUAUGACAGGUAUGUGGCCAUCUGUCACCGACUGCACUAUACCACCAUCAUGAGGCAGGAGCUGUGUAUCUCAUUAGUAGCUGGGUCCUGGUUCUUCUGUUGUGCACAUGCUCUGUUGCAUACCCUCCUCUUGGUCCAAUUGUCCUUUAGUGCUGACAAUACCAUCUCCCACUUCUUCUGUGACCUCACUGUGCUCCUGAAGAUGAGCUGCGCAGACACAUCCCUCCAUGACCUGGCCAUCUUCACCGAGGGAGGAGUGGUUUUCAUUCUGCCUUUGAGUAGUGUCUUGGGAUCUUAUAUCCGUAUAGUGAUGACCGUCCUGAUGGUUCCCUCCACCAAGAGACUCUUUCAAGUCUUUUCUACCUGUAGUUCCCAUCUCUUUGUGGUGUCUUUAUACUAUGGGACCAUUGCAGGUGUUUAUUUUUUCUCCUCAUCAUGGGGCUCCAAUGACAAGGACAUAAUUGCUUUAGUCAUGUAUGUGGUAGUUACCCCUAUGCUGAACCCAUUCAUCUAUAGCCUCAGGAACAGAGAUAUAAAACAAGCUCUAGAAAUAUUUGUCAAUAGGGCUAAUUUCUUUAAGGGACGAUCACUAAAUCCUUUUAUUGAAGUCAUGAGCAGACUAAAAUGUAUCUCCUAA